AUGUUACUGUCCUCACUUGCAUUUUUCCUAUUACAUCUAUUGGCUAUCUCGGCUCAAGGACAAGGACAAGGGCAAGGGCAAAAACCGAAAGUCAAGACUGAACGGACAUGCAUACCGUCUGGAACGGAAGUAGCUAUAAACUCAGCCUUAGCGGGAGGAGGAAGAGGAGCUACCGUGACUUUAUGUGCUGGUUCAGUGCAUCGAUUAAAUUCUUCAAUAUUGUUCACAGCUGAAAGACAAACUAUCACAACUGAAAACAAUGAAAAGGGGAUAAAUAGAGCAAUGUUAAUUGUUGAAGGUGUCAAUCUGGCCGCUGCAAUAAGAGCCGAUUGUCAAGGAUGUUCAUAUGCCAUGAUUAGAUCACUUAUAAUAGAUGGUAAUAGACCACAAUUACUCCGUAUACCAAAAGGUGACGCUUUGAUAGAAGUUGGAAAUGCAGAAUAUCAGACUGUAAAAGAUUGUAAAUUAUACGAACCUAGAGGCUGGAGUGCAUUACAUUUCCGAGAAGGUGAUAGAAAACAAUGUAGAUUUGGUAAGAUUGUGGAUAACGAGAUCGGACCAUGUGGUGAGGAGUGGGAUGAUGAUUACGACGGACAAAAUGAAUUAGAACCUCCUUAUGGUAAUCCAAGAGCAGAUGGUAUCAGUUUAGCAUGUAAAGAUUCCAUCGUCGAGAGGAAUGUCGUCUAUGAUACUACGGACGGUGCGAUCGUGUUAUUUGGUUCUGCGGGCAGUGACGUGCGGAAUAACCAUAUAUACUCUAGAACCAGGGUGAUUCUAGGUGGAAUCAACUUGGUGGAUUAUGCGCCAUGGCAAGGAGAUUACAUGUUAGUUAAUGUACAUCACAAUAAAUUACAUGCUUUUGGUCGAUAUUUCAAAGUUGGAAUUGUGAUUGGUCCAUCAUCAUGGUCUGAUGACACUGAAUCAAUAGUACAUUCAGCUUCAGUGACUGACAAUCAUUUAGAAGGUGAUCAUUUCGGAUAUGGAAUAGUUGUUUCAUCAGCAACUAGUUUUACUGUAAUGAGAAAUACAGUUGAUGAAAAUUCGAAAUUCAGAGGUGUGAAUGGACCUAGAUGUCCAAAAGCUCCUGAAAAUGGCAAACCGACUGCUUUCUUGAUUAACAGAGGUAGUGCAAAAGGUACUUUCCAAGAUGAGUUCGUCAAUGGCGAAGUACAGCAUAUCAUAUGCCUCAAUAUGCCAGAUGAGAAUGGCAAACCUUACAAACCAUGGAGGUUCCGAGAUUCUUCCGAGGCGAUAGCUGCCAAGGCUGCAUCAGGUGAAUCGUCAUCUGAUCCUGUAGUUCAAGCUGCCUUUGACGCGAGAAUAGCAGAAGCAUUAGUAUCAUAUCAAUUCGCUUUGACAACAGCAAUGGACGUUAUCAAUCAUAAAAUCGAAAAAUUGACCAACCCAAUGAACGAAGAUGAUUUCAUCGCACCAGUAUACAAACAUGAACAUGAGAUAACACAAGAAGCUAAACAAGCUAAGAAGAAAUCAACUUCAGGUAAUAGAGAUAUAGAUGAAUUAUCUAACAAAUUAGAAGGAUUAGAACAGUCUGAAAGGAAAUUAAAAAAAUCUCUGGACGGAUUAAAACUAGAUUUUGAUGCUUUAAGUGGUAGAUUGAAGAAAGGUGCUGAAGAUACAAAACCUCUGAUAGAAGCGAUAUUCAUAAAAGUCCAAUCAGUCUUAUCAAGUCACUCAAUAACGUCAAAACAAUUGGCUGCAUUAUCAUCGUCGAAAAUAAGAUCAUCAAGUAAGAGAGGAAUAUUGAGCUAUUUCCCAUUCGGCGCUUUCGGUGCUCUGAUCGUUUCUUGUGCUAUAUUAUUAGCUGCUAGUAGGUUUUUGAAGAAGAUGAGGAAUAACAAUUCACAGUUGAAGAAUAAUAAAUUGUUUUGA